UGGGACUUUGGAGGAUCUGUCAGUGAUUGUUAGUUGUCAUUGCGUCAGUUUGAUAUUAACAAAACUUGCAUUCAUCCAAUUUCAAUUCGGAAAAGUAGAAGAAUUUCAAAGGAACUGCAAUGGAGACAAUAUUGGGAAUCAAGGGACCGGAUUUUGUAAUGCUAGCUGCAGAUUGCACACACGCCCACUCCAUUAUCAUGAUGAAAGAAGAUGUCGAAAAGAUCCAUAAAAUAUCGGAUAAACUGUUGAUGGCCACCAUUGGUGAAUCGGGCGACACUGAUCAGUUUACGCAGUACAUUUCAAAGAAUCUGGCACUUUAUCGAAUGCGAAACGGGUAUGAGCUGACCCCGAAAGCAGCGGCCCAUUUUACGCGAAAAAAUUUGGCCGAAUAUCUGAGAAGCCGUACGCCGUAUCAUGUCAACUUAUUUGUUGCUGGCUACGAUGAAAAGGAAGGCGGUGAAUUGCACUACAUCGACUAUCUGGCCAAUGCUAAGUCUCUCGAUUACGGUGGUCAUGGCUAUGGGGGAAUGUUCUGUGCCAGUAUCUUUGACCGGUAUCACCAUGCGAAGAUUACCCAGGAUGAGGCGUAUGAUAUCUUCAAGAAAUGCGUCAAGGAGAUCCAGAAACGUUUGAUUAUUAAUUUGGCCAACUUCAAGGUAACGGUGGUCGAUAAGAAUGGAAUCAGAAAUUUGCCCGACAUCACCGCUGCAAAUUUAAUCGAUUAUGUCCCUUAAACGCUCUGCAAAUUUUUCCUUUUCAAUUUUUACUUUAAAUAAAUCCGUUUCGGUUCAGUUUUUGAUAAGCUCGA